ACCUCUUAAAGCCUUUCCUUUUUUAAUUGGAUUCUAAAGUUGAGUUUGUCUUUCUUAUACUGAUAAUUUAUUACUACUAUCAAUAAAUUCUUUAGGUGGCAGUCCCCGUGCUAGAGAAGUUAAAAAUCAGUAAUAUGGAGGGCUUGCACAAGAUAUGGCACCACCAACUUGAUGCAGACUCAUUUUGCAAACUAAAAGACCUUACUGUAACCGACUGUCAAACGCUAGAGAGCAUUUUCCCAUUUAGCAUGCUGGAAAGACUUCAGAGACUAGAACAACUGUUGAUUAGGAGAUGUGAUUCGCUAGAAGUGAUAGUUGAACCUCAAGGACAUAUUGCUAGCUAUUCACAAGCUCUGGUAGCCAGUGAGCCAACUUUGGUAGCAACUGAAACCAAGUUGGUACUUCCAAAAUUGACAGAACUGGGGCUUGAAAGCCUACCCAAGCUCAAGGGUUUCUGCCAUCCAAUAUACUUUAAAUGCCCAUCUCUGAAGAAAUUGGAGGUGGUUGAAUUCCAGCAGCUAGAGGCUACAUUCUCCAAUCUACAAGAAUGGAAACUCGAAAAGAUUGGCCGUCUGAAGGAGAUAUGGCGUGGGCAAUAUGCAGGGGACUAUUUUCCCAAACUAAAAAAAUUGGAACUUAUCCACUUUUCUGAGCAAUCAGUUGUUCCUCCUUUCUUCUUCCAGUCACUUCCUUGCAGUCUUGAGAAACUUGUUGUGAGCUAUGCUUCCUUUCAUGAAACAUUUCAAUGUGAAGGAUCUGGUGGUGAGGGAAGAUCUGCAGGUGCACUCACUUGGUUAAGGGAAUUAAGGUUAUCUAAUCUUAAUGAGCUAAUGCAUCUCUGGAAGGUUAAACCUGAUUUUGAAACCAUUGUCUACAACUUGAGAGCUCUGGAAGUGCUUGAAUGUAGCAAAUUAAUGAAUUUAGUGCCAUCCAUUAUAUCUUUGAGGAAUCUGCAGGAUCUAGAAGUAUCAAGAUGUCAUGGACUCGUAAGUUUAAUGAGGUAUGCAACAGCUAAAAGCUUGGUGCAGCUCACAAGAAUGAGUAUAAGUGAUUGCGAUAUGGUAGGAGAAAUUGUGGCAUGCAUUGAUGAUGAGGUGAAGGAUGGCAUUGUCUUAAGCAAACUCAAGUAUUUGCGACUCAAGGGUCUGCCAAAACUAGCGAACUUUUGUUCAGUGGGAUGCAACUUUGAGUUUCCGUUUUUGAAAGACUUAAUUGUGAUGGGAUGUCCAAAUAUGCAGCUUUUCUCCAAGGGAGAAUUAAGCACCCCAAAACUGCUGAAAGUAAAAUUUAUAGAAGAAAAUAAUGAAGGGCGCUGGGAAGGUAACCUUAACACCACUCUACAACAGAUGUUUAUGGAAAAGGUUGAAUGGUGCAUUCACAAGCUGGAUUUUAAUACUGUCAAGUUGUCACAUUGUCCUGCUCAAAUAAUCACUUCCAUUCCUAAAACUGAUCCCUUUUUUCCCCUAAAAUCCACGUUUGAACUUGUACUAUCUCUACUUAAUUUCUGUGAGGCUUGCUGGUGUGUGUUUUAUGGUGUGAAAUGAAAAAGAUGAACUUCAUUUUUUUCUGCUUUCAUAAGACAGAUUGUCGUUUGCUUAUGGAUUAUCAACUGAGUUAUGCAUUAGUUUGUGUUAAUAAUUUUAAAUGUAUCUAUCAAAUGAAUGAGCUUUAUAGCUGGUAAUCGUUUGUUGAGUGUUACAAAUUUGCAGAUGAUGCUUCAUACUUGGACCUUUAUAUAAGCAGACCUUAAGAAGCUGGUUAUUCUCAUUUCAUUCAUUGUACAAUUUUGUGAUGAUUUUGUUAGUUACAGCAGCUUGUAAUUGCAGCUUUUCAGUCUCUACUCGCUAAAAAAAAUGCAGCCUAGGCUGAAAAUAAACCUACGGACAUUUU